AUGUCUUUGAGCCAGCUUUUCACAAGCUGGAAACUGCCCUCCGCAGCCGUGACAUUACUUAAAGCAUUACCUGCAUUAAAUAAUCAGCCUGUCAGGUUUGCAGCUAAAAAGGCAGGAGGCACAGUGCGAAACCCAAUUGGUAGAACAAAAAGAAAACACAGAGGCAUUAAAGCUCAUGAUGGACAGUUUGUUCACAAGGGCUCUGUGAUUGCUACACAGUACGGCAUCAGGUUCUAUCCAGGAGAGAAUGUUACAAUGGAUAAUGACUGGACCCUGCGAGCAGCUUACGAUGGUAUUGUUGUACAUACAAGUGAGGUACUGAAUCCUUACCCUGACAGCCCUCUUUAUGAUCCAGUACAGAAAGGGACAUCCAUGGUGCAAGAGAAGUAG